CGAUUACGUCACAUCUAGACAGUGUCCUUGUCGCCCUGGUAAAGAUGGGGUAUUGGGAUAUACCCGAUGGAACCGAAUGUGUGCAGAAGACAUGGCUGACAACGAAACUGGGGGCGGCACUGGGUUUGGUUGGCUCAGCAUAUCAUAUUGUUGCAUUUCAACCCAAGACAGCAUUGGAAGGAGUUCAGCGGGCAGCAAUGGGGACUGCCACAAUGGCCUCCUUGGGUGCAAUCUUUGGCAUUUCCACUUGUCUUAGUGCGCAGAUUCGUGAUAAGCCAGAGGACCCCCUCAAUUAUUUUAUAGGAGGUUGUGCAUCGGGUAUCUUUCUGGGUGUUAAAACUCAUAAUUAUAUGACUGGGACUACUGCAUGUCUUGCCCUUGGAACCAUUGCUACUUUAACAAAGAUUGGAAAGAAGGAAGGCUGGGUGUUCAUACCCUCUAAGCCUAAACUGUGACCGCUUUCCAUUACACCAUGGCAUCUUGUAUAAUAACUGUUUUCCUUGAUGUGAAAAAUAAAUAUAUAUUCUAAA